UCGUCAUCGCGGAGUGCAUCAGUGAAAGAGUGCAAGAGCAAGUCCAGUUAUUUUUCACAAAAAUUUAAUAAAAUUUGUUGAUUUAGGAACAGUUUUCGUUACUUCAACGUGUUAAAUAAGUGCGGUUCUGCGAUCUUCGCGUGAUUCCCCCACCAUGGACAUUGCCGACGAAGAAGGGGCGGACAUUCCGCGAACCCUACAGCAGCUUUGCCGUCUCUGUUUGGGUGAUGAAUCUCUCGAGGAUAUUUUCGCCCAGGACGAUCUCCACGAAUGGAUUUCGGAUUUCCUGUCGAUAAUGGUGUGCAUGGAUGACAAAAUCACCAAAUCGAUCUGCUUCUGCUGCCGGACACGGUUGACCGAGUUCCGGAACUUCCAGCUGCAGUGCGUGGAAGUGCAAGACGUACUGCAGGGGGAAAUGACGGCGAUUCUCAACGAAAAGGCGUUGGAGCUGAUUGCCACUGAACCGGAAAACGAUGCACCUCAGUUGGGUACGGAGAACCUUACGGUGGACUGGGAACAAGUGCCUGCUGCUGCCACCGCCAAUCAUGCCGAGUUGCUUCCGCCGGAAGGUGAACUUCCGGAAAAUCAGCCAGAAUGGGAGGCAUCUGCGGGCGAUUCCGUUGUCCAGCAGGAAUCCGAAUGGGGAGCUGACACGUCUUCAAUUGCGGUUCCAAAUGUCCCGGAAGCGUGGACUGAUGCAGAAGACGUGGCUAGAAAUCCACCAGUGGGGAGUGCAGCUCCAGCAAAUGUCCACAACACAAGAGCUUCCAAUAUGCCGCCAGGUCCAAAAAUAGCCAUUCAGAUUCUGCAGAAACCGAUCAAAUAUCAGUGCGAUAUGUGUGACAAAGUAUGGCAAACCAAGAAGCAACUGUCGAAUCACCGGUCGAACCACACCAAGCGAUAUCCGUGUUCCUUGUGUAACAAGGCAUUUCAUAGACCCGUACGUUUGAAGCAACAUAUGGAAACACACAGGAAAAGAAAUGAGCUUCCAGCCGAAACUGAAGCAGCCGAUGCUCCUAUUGAAAUCGUCGAUUCACCGGAUGUAAAUGAUUCAGAGUAUGAAGUGCUGGAAAUCGACGAAGACAUCGUUACGGAACCAAUAGCAGCAGACUUAGAAACUGCGAUAGUUCCAAAUGUGAUCGUUGCAGCGAUUAAAGUAGAAGAACUCAUGAUUGAAGAUGUGGAAAUGGACCAUGAACCUGUUCUCGAAGUAGACGACCAGUCUGGCGCCGAAACAGCUGAAAAUUCGACAGAAGACACCGAAAGUGCCCCAGUAAAGAAAAAAGAACCGAAAACUACGUCCAAUCCGAAAGGCGUCGAAUGCAAUCUGUGCGGGAAAAAGUUCCAGAAUAAGAAGCAGUACCACGGUCACAAGUGGUUCGUCCACAGCCCGAAGAGUCACAUUUGCUCCGUUUGUGGCAAGGGUUACAUCUCACCCGGCCGUCUGGCAGUACAUCAGCGGUGCCACAGAAGGCAGCAAAACCGACGAUCUCGUUUCGUGCUUCCCGUUUCGACGGCGACGGAACCGAAGGAAGUGAUUGUGCUCCCGGAAACCGAUUCGUUUGCCGAGGCAGAAGACAAUGAGGAGGACAAAUUCGAAUGUAAUAUUUGCCACAAAAGGUACGCUACCGCGAGACGGCUACAGACCCACAAGCGAAUCACCCACACCUCGAAACAGUACACGUGCCCUAUUUGUGGCAGAGUUUUCCAUAUUCGGGAAAGUAUGAUAAAGCACAUGUUGAUCCACAAGGAGACUCUGUUAACCAUUUACCAACGGCCCGAGAGAGAAGAAGUUUUCGACGAACCGGUUCAUGGACCCAGGGUCCAUGUGUGUAACAUAUGUAAAGCGUCGUUUGUUCAAAUGCGUGACAUGGAAACUCAUAGAGCAACACACACCAAGGAAGAGGAAGUUAAAUACAGCCUCGAAAGAGAACGUUGCAAAUCCAAGAUGGUGACCGUGACACAAGGCAGCAAGAGCUUCGAAAUGUUCCAGUGUAUGCAGUGUCACAAGUUGGUCCAUACCAGGAGGCAGCUGUUCGACCACCGGAAGAGGGUCCACAAGCCGAGGAAAUACACCUGCCCGAUUUGCGGUAAACCUUUCGUUACACGCCAAGAUUUGUACAUGCACAUCAAGAGCCACGACAAUACGGCUCGGUACAAAAAUGAGACCCUCCGCAACGAGGACGGUCAGUUUGCUUGCGACAUCUGCCACCGGGUGUUGGGAUCGAAGUUUACGCUGGCAUCGCAUAUCAAAAUGGUGCACGGCACCAGGAGAUACAUCUGCUCGUACGAUCACUGCAAGAAGAAGUUCACGACAAGUUACGAUAUGAGGAAGCACUACAUGAUCCACAGCAACAAUAGAAAGAUGCAUCAAUGCCACAUAUGCGCCGGACGGUUCAUCACGAAAACCAAACUGGUGGAACAUCUCCAGUGGCACGAACGGAAAGUGAAAAUGCGCGAAGCCCUAGCCGACUCGCAGGCUCAGGAAGUUCACGAAGUGCAAGAUGAUACAAAUGAUGCCACCGUUGUUGUCACCGUGAUUGACGUGGAUGCCAACAAUAUUGACAAACUGCCCAGCAGCGAGGACAAGGUGGAAGAUUUUCUUCAAACGAACUCGGAAUGGAUGAAGGAAGCAAGCAGCAGGAAAACGGCGGUCAUGGAAGUACGUUACGGCACGGUGCAGGACGCGGAAGGCCGAUUGAAGAGGGGCUGCGUAACAAUUCCGACGCAGAAUUGUCCGGUUUGCGAGCAGCCGAUUCAGGUGUCGCUCAUGGAAGGCCAUUUGAAUAGACACGCAGGUGUUCGACCGUACAAGUGCGAAAAGGGCUGCGAGGAUGCGUACUACUACUGCCGGUUGCUGUUGAAGAAUCACUACACCCGUAUCCACGGCAAUAUGCCAUCGCAAUGCAACAUUUGCCACAAGGUGUACCCAUCCCGGCUGCGAAUGAGAUCUCAUCAGAGGGAAGUUCACGAAAAGAUUCACGUCUGUAUGAACUGUCCGCAGAUUUUCGAUUCACUCGAGAGUCUCAAAAAGCACAUCGAAACUGCCAACCACACGAAGCGGUAUGCGUGUACGAAAUGCAGCAGCUCUUUUGAUCGGCAACAUCAGUUCAAUAAGCACAUGAGGAUGCAUGGUGAAGACGUAGGUGAAUCGUCAUCAUCGAUGGACGUCCAGGAUUCAAUCGAGGUAGAAGAGGUAAAGAUUGAAUCGCGGGUCGAAGACGAGGGGCGAAAGCCAACCAGAUCGAGAAAACGAUAAAGGUAUGUUAUACUGUGCGAAAGUUGGAAUGAUCAGACUUACGGUAAAAAAAUGAAUUCUUACAAAUAGGUAUAUAUUUACAGUAAUUACUACAUACACAUACGGAAUGAAACAAAUA